AUGGCCUCGUCCGAGUCGCAGCGCUCAUUGCUGUCCAAGGACUCACUCGAUACGCACCCUCAACGAGCAUGGAACCCUCUCGGUCGCUCAUCGCCCGAACCCUACCUCUAUCAUCCCGCAUCGCAUGACAACUGGUCCGAAGAAGUUCUCCGAGACGUAGGCCUAGGGAUUUCAACCCCAGAAGGCGAGACCAUCCCCACAAACGAUCCAAAGCGUAAUUCAAUUGAUAGCGACGCGACUACAACUCCUCAUAUCCACAAAGCCCCGCAGACUCCAUCUCCUGCUCCACAUGUACGAUGUCCCAAUCGAGCGACGGUACUCCAGAAACGACUCUCGUGGGUUCCUUUAACCGUCUUUUUUCUUGCUCUCUAUGCGACUAUCUUUUCUGGUAUUUAUCUUGCCAUCGCGCUGCGUAAGCCGCGAUGGAGCAGGAUAUCGAGCGACGGCCCGUUGGUUCCGUCGACUGCGGACUUGCUAAGUUCUUUCUUUGCGAAGACUAUCGAGCUCGCUUAUGUUACGGUUUGCGUUGCAUUCUUGGGACAGGUGCUUAGUCGGAGGGCUUUAAUGACUGAUUCGCGGGGAAUUAGUAUCUCUGAUAUGAAUAUGAGAGUAUGGAUCAUGCAGCCUGGAUCUAUGAUUGUUCACUGGGAAACACUACGAUACUCGGCGCUCACAUUUCUUGGUGCAAUUGCAUUGGUGGCAACCUUCGUCGCUAUGCUAUACACAACUGCGGCGCAAGCAUUGGUUUCUCCAAAGCUUUCUUUUGGAUCGGUCCAACCACAGAUGCUCCAAGGCAAAGUCAUAGCCAGCUUUGCCAAUCCUUAUUACGUCGCAUCCAACUGCGAAACACCCGUCACCAACGCAAUGGACUCGGAAAACCGCAACAACACCUGUCUUCAAAUCGAGCAUGUCGGUCACGCCUAUCACAACUAUCAACAAUGGAUAACCCAGUGGGCCGAUCUAGUCCGCGGCAAUAACGAAACUUCUUCUCAGCUGCAAAAACGUCCCAAACCAACCGGCUCAAUCUGGGACAACACAACUAUAACGGGCAGCUGGAUUGAAAUCCAAAAUAUGACUAGCCUCUCCAUCCACCACAAAAGAAUGAUAAACAACAUAACUAUGGCAAUGCCACAUGGCGGAAUCCCUGCAGCAGCAAUGAACCAACAGAAUAAUAUCAAACAACCAAAAGACACCUCGGGCGAAGGAAAAUACAACUUGGAGGCCUCUGUCCCCUCUCCAGCCAUCAACGUCCUCUGUGUCGGAAUGUCUCAAAAAGAACUAGAACCACUAGUCUACUCCUCCUGGCCAGGCGGUUCGAAGUUCAAUCCCACGAACUGGACGUCCAACCCACCAGAUGACAUUCCAGGAAUUCCCUCCUGGCUCAAUAGAACAGUCGUCGACGACAUUUUCAAAUUCGGCCCAAAAUACGGCCAAAGACCACCCAUCUUCGGCAAAUUCCCAAAAGCCUACAACACAAUCCUGAACGGAACAGGCGCCUGGCCCACAAACGCCAUCUACCUCCUCGGCGCAUCACCACCAUACCAAACAACGCCCUACGUGCUGUGCUCACUGCGCGCAAAGCAGACAGGCCACUGUUCAACAACCUACAAUGUGGAAUCCAGUGGCGCACUCUUAACUUCUCAAUGCGAGGAUCUAGCAAAUUCCUUACAAUACAACCACCGGCAGGACAUGACCGAAGGAUUAUGGAAUGCCGAUUGGAAGAACAUCGCAUCAGAAUGGGGAAAUGCUUUAAGUCUAAACGCCGGCAUCUCAGAUGGAGCAGCAAGUAACGCCCGCCUAUUGAUGCAAAUGGUACCAAACAAGACAGACGGCGUAUACGCUCUCAACCCAUCCAUGCCGUCUGUCGCAGAAGGGCUAGCCAUGAUGGCUGGCAGCACAUUAAUCCUAAGCACGCAAGACGCGCCCUUCGUUCCAUUUUGGAAUCAUACGGAUACUAUUCUUAGUGAAGCAGAGUACCAGCUUUUCAACGCUACGCUGCAGGCGUUUGGCUAUGCAUCUGGAGGCACGGAGAAGUGGCAGGGGAUAUUUCUUGUGAUAUUGGUUUUUGCUUUUCUGACCAGUUUUGUUUGCUUGGUGUUUAUGAUUGUUGAAGCGCGGGGGAGACAAGUGACUGAUUUUACGGAGCCACAGAAUCUGUUCGCGCUGGCAGUCAAUAGUCCGCAGAGUGCGAGGCUGGAGGGUGCUUGUGGGAGUGGGCCUAUGGGAAGGCAGUUGAAGGAGCGAUGGUUUAUUGGGAUGGAAGAGAAUGAUGAACAUUAUUAUAUUAGAACGAAGGUUGAGGAGAAUGUUCCGCUGCUUAGGAAAGAUGGACUUGAAGCUAUGGUUGAAGGGGAUGAUCGGGCGAUGGUCAGCCCGAUGGUCAACGAGUUCAGGAAGGUUUCGAAGAGGCAGUCGUUCUUGGCCAAGUUUUAUUGA